AUGCUAUUCUCUAUAGUUAUAAUUCUUCUUAUUUAUCUCGCUUUUAAUCAUGCUAAUAUCUAUCACAUAAAUAGAUUAGCAUCUCUAGGAUUACUAUAUGUCCUUUAUCUAGCUUAUCAAAGUUUAGAUUUAAGAUAUAGUCAAUUUACUCUUUAUAAUGAUUGAUUUAAACUUAAUGAUACUAAUAUCCCUCUAGUUUAUCUUCAAAUUAUAUUAGUUAUUUCUUUAUUAAUUUAUAUCACUGUUAAACAACGUUAUAAUAUUACUAAUAUGUGAAUCUAUUUAUUAAUUAUUAUUAACUUAAUCGGUUUAAUAUUAUUUCCUAUGGUUAAUGAUUUAUUAUUAUUAUAUAUUAUUAUUGAAUUACAAAGUUAUUCUUUAUAUAUUAUAACAGGUGUUCAUCAUAAAUCAUAUAAUACUACAAGAGCUAGUAUGUUAUACUUUGUAACAGGUGGUAUUGCAUCUAUUGGUAUAUUAUUAGCUUCAUACUUUAUAUAUAAUAUUGUAGGUAGUUGUAAUAUUACUGAUAUAACUAAUUAUUAUGCAGUAUAUAGAUCUAAUAGUUUAUUUGAUAGUUUAGAUAUAUUAAUAUUAGCUUUAAUAUUUAAAAUGGGUCUUGCACCAUUACAUUCAUGAAGUAUAGCUGUAUAUAAUUAUGCACCAACAUAUAUUACAGGUUAUAUAUCUAUUGUAGCUAAAGUAUCAAUAUUAUCAUGAAUAUAUACUAAUUCUAAUUUAAUACAUUCAGAUUUAUUAAUAAUAAUAUUCUAUAUCUCUAUAAUUGUAGCAGCAUAUAAACCAUUAUUCCAAGUAAACUUUAAAACUAUAUUAGCUUAUAGUGGUAUAUUAAACUUUGGUUAUUUAUUACUUCCUGUAUGCCUACAAGAUCCUUCAUAUUAUAUUUAUAUUAUACAAUAUGUUAUUACACAUGUUAUGAUAUUCUUAUGUCUAUUAGCUAGUAAUGAAUUUGUUACUAAACCUAAUAGUCAAUGAUCACCUAUAGUAAAUGUAAAUCAAUUAAUUAUACCAAAUAAAUUAUUAUCAGUAUGUUUAAUAUUAUGUUUUUUAUCAUUAAUAGGUAUACCACCACUACCAGGAUUUUAUGGUAAAUUUUAUGUAAUACAAAGUUUAAUGAAAUAUAACUUUACUGUUGAAGCUAUAUCUAUAGUAAUAUUUAGUGUAAUAGCUACAUAUUAUUAUGCAUAUAUAAUUAAACAAUUAGCUACUAAUUUAACUAUACCAUAUAGUCAACCAAUUAAUAAAUCAGUAGCAUUAGUUAUAAGUAUAUUAUUAGUAUUCUUCUUAACAUAUUUUGUUUAUAUAUUUAAUAUUUUAGAUGUGAUUAGUAUAAUAUUAUCAUAA